AUGCCCCGCGGCUUCCUGGUGAAGCGCAGCAAGAAGUCCACGCCCGUGUCCUACCGGGUUCGCGGCGGCGAGGACGGCGACCGCGCGCUGCUGCUGUCCCCGGGCUGUGGGGGCGCCCGCGCCGAGCCUCCAGUGCCAUGCCCCGGGCCGGGGCCACUACCGCUGCCGCUGCCGCCACCACCGCCGCCGCCGCCGCCGCCGCCCGCGGAGCGCGCCCAUGCGGCGCUCGCCGCCGCGCUCGCCUGCGCGCCGGGCCCGCCGCCAACCCCGCCGGGUCCGCGGGCCGCGCACUUCGGCAACCCCGAGGCCGCGCACCCCGCGCCGCUCUACAGCCCCACGCGGCCGGUGAGCCGCGAGCAUGAGAAGCACAAGUACUUCGAGCGCAGCUUCAACCUCGGCUCGCCGGUGUCGGCCGAGUCCUUCCCCACGCCUGCCGCGCUGCUCGGAGGGGGCGGCGGUGGCGGUGCGAACGGCGCGGGCGGUAGCGGCACCUGCGGCGGAGACGCGCUGCUCUUCGCUCCCGCCGAGCUCAAGAUGGGUACGGCGUUCUCGACAGGCGCCGAGGCGGGCCGGGGCCCCGGACCGGGUCCUUCAUUGCCCCCUACUGCCGCCCUGAGGCCCCCGGGUAAGCGACCCGCGCCCCCCGCCGCCGUCGCUGUUGAGCCUCCGGCCAAGGCAGCCAAGGCCCCAAGCGCCAAGAAGCCCAAAGCCAUCCGCAAGCUGCACUUCGAGGACGAGGUGACCACGUCGCCGGUGCUGGGGCUCAAGAUCAAGGAGGGCCCCGUGGAGGCGCCGCGGGGCCGAGCGGGGGGCGCGGCGCGGCCGCUGGGCGAGUUCAUCUGCCAGCUGUGCAAGGAAGAGUACGCCGACCCGUUCGCGCUGGCGCAGCACAAGUGCUCGCGCAUCGUGCGCGUGGAGUACCGCUGCCCCGAGUGCGCCAAGGUCUUCAGCUGCCCGGCCAACCUGGCCUCGCACCGCCGCUGGCACAAACCGCGGCCCGCGCCCGCCACCGCUCGCGCGCCAGAGCCCGAAACCGCCACCAGGGCCGAGGCGACCGGCGGCGGCAGCAGCGACCGGGACACGCCGAGCCCCGGCGGAGUAUCCGAGUCGGGCUCCGAGGACGGGCUGUACGAGUGCCACCACUGCGCCAAGAAGUUCCGCCGCCAGGCCUAUCUGCGCAAGCACCUGCUGGCACACCAUCAAGCGCUGCAGGCCAAGGGCGCUCAGCCAGCGCCCCCGGCCGAGGACCUACUGGCCUUGUACGCGGGGCCCGACGACAAGGCGCCCCAGGAAGCGGCCGGCGACGGCGAGGCGGCCGAGGUGCUGGGCCUGAGUGCGUCCGCCGAGUGCCACCUGUGCCCAGUGUGCGGGGAGACGUUCCCCAGUAAGGGCGCCCAGGAGCGCCACCUGCGCCUGCUGCACGCCGCCCAGGUGUUCCCCUGCAAGUACUGCCCGGCCACCUUCUACAGCUCGCCGGGCCUUACGCGGCACAUCAACAAGUGCCACCCGUCCGAGAACAGACAGGUGAUCCUCCUGCAGGUGCCCGUGCGUCCGGCCUGCUAG